CACUCUCUUAAGUCUUUAGGCAUACUUUAUUUUUUUCAAAAAUACAAAACAAACUUCUUAUUGUGUGCCUGCCUACUCUUCCCGCCUAAGCAAAAACUCAUGAAGAAGAACGAUGCGCUGCCUUUCCUCACUUUCUCUCUUCUUCUCUUCGCCUCCAACCACCCCUCACUCUCUUCUCCGCCACCUAAUGACACCUGGGCCCUCACCCAAUUCCGCCUACAGACCGACACCCACGCCUACCUCCGCUCAAACUGGACCGGCUCCGAUGCAUGCACCCUCUGCUGGACCGGAGUCCGAUGCUCCACCAACGAAGCCCGCGUCGUCGCUCUCUCCCUCCCCUCCCUCAACCUCCGGGGCCCACUUGAUUCCCUCGCUUCCCUUGACCAGCUCCGCCUCCUCGACCUCCACAACAACCGCCUCAACGGCACCGUUUCUCCUCUCGUCAACUGCACCAAGCUCAAGCUCCUCUACCUCGCCGGCAACGACCUCUCUGGCGAAAUUCCGUCGGAAAUAUCCUCCCUCCGGCGACUCCUCCGUCUCGACCUCGCCGACAACAACCUCCGGGGACCCUUUCCGGACAAUCUCACCCGCCUCACCCGGCUCCUCACGCUCAGGCUCCAGAACAACGCCAUCUCCGGUGAAGUCCCCGACCUCUCCGCCUCCCUUGCCAACCUCAAGGAGCUCAAUUUCACUAACAACGAAUUGUACGGACGGCUGCCGGAGGGUCUGCUGAAGAAGUUCGGCGUCAAAAGCUUUUCCGGGAACGAAGGGCUGUGCGGACUGAGCCCCUUGCCGGCUUGUUCAUUCACAGGCACUAGCGAUCCGCCCUCAGCGGCUUCAUCCGAAACGGUGCUGUCUAAUCCCAGCCAAUUGCCUCAGACGACGACCCCAAACGAGCCGAGCAAAAAGCAACCGAGGAAGGGGCUGAGCACCGGCGUGAUCAUCGCGAUAGUGAUCGUGAUUUGCGUGGCGAUGCUGGUGGUUGUGUCGUUCCUUAUGGUCCACUACUGCGCGAGAGACCGGUGCGGCUCUAGCUCGAUGGCUGGGAGCGAGAGCGGGAAGAGAAGGAGCGGGAGCAGCUACGGAGCCGAUCAGAAGAGGGUGUACGCCAACAGUGGGGGCGGCGGGGACAGCGACGGGACAAACGCCACCGACAGAAGCAAACUGGUGUUUUUUGACCGGAGGAAGCAGUUUGAGCUGGAGGAUUUGCUGCGGGCAUCGGCGGAGAUGUUGGGGAAAGGAAGCCUGGGGACUGUGUACAAGGCGGUACUGGACGACGGGAGCACAAUGGCGGUGAAGCGGCUCAAGGACGCGAACCCGUGCGAGAGAAAGGAGUUUGAGCAGUACAUGGAUGUGAUUGGGAAGGUGAAGCAUCCCAAUGUGGUGAGGCUGAGUGCUUAUUACUAUGCCAAGGAGGAGAAGCUUCUUGUCUAUGAUUAUCUCCCUAAUGGAAGCUUGCACUCACUUCUGCAUGGGAAUCGGGGUCCGGGUAGAAUUCCAUUGGAUUGGACUACAAGGAUCAGCUUGGUGUUGGGUGCGGCUCGUGGGCUUGCCAGGAUUCAUGAGGUGUUCAGCUCUGCAAAAGUACCGCAUGGCAAUGUCAAAUCUUCCAACGUCCUUCUGGACAAGAAUGGCGUCGCUUGCAUUUCCGACUUCGGCCUGUCUCUGCUUCUCAACCCGGUUCACGCCAUCGCAAGAUUGGGAGGAUACCGAGCUCCCGAGCAGGCGGAGGUCAAGAGACUAUCUCAGACGGCGGAUGUGUACAGCUUUGGAGUCUUGCUGCUGGAGGUUCUAACGGGGAGAGCUCCGUCCCAGUACCCUUCUCCGGCCCGUCCCCGUGUGGAAGAGGAGGAGGAGGCGGUGGACCUUCCGAAAUGGGUGAGGUCCGUGGUGAAGGAGGAGUGGACUGGGGAGGUGUUUGAUCAAGAACUUCUGAGGUACAAGAACAUUGAGGAGGAGCUUGUGGCAAUGCUCCAUGUGGGAUUGGCUUGUGUUGUGCCUCAGCCUGAAAAGAGGCCUACAAUGGUUGAAGUAACUAAGAUGAUUGAGGACAUCCGAGUCGAGAGAUCUCCUCUCGGAGAAGACUACGAUGAUUCCCGCAAUUCACUUUCGCCUUCUCUCGCCACCACCGAAGACGGGCUGGUCUGAUUGACAACACCGUUCCCUUGUUUCUGCAUCGUCAUCAUCCUCGAUUUUCAUGUGCAUUCUCUCGCUGAGAAUCUCUCUGCUGCCACUUUUGCUUAUUCUCAACCCUUAUUUUUGUGUAGUUAUGGUCUCGGGAAUGCUUUCAAUCUGUAGACCUGCACCUGUGCCUUGGGACGUGAAUGAUCGAUCACAUUAACUAGUAUUACUCAA